UGUCAUUGCGGGGCGCCUCACAAACUCAGUGUGGGUUGAGUCUUCGUGCGAGGAGGGUGUGCGCGCGUGGCCUCUGUCACUCGCCUCCCUCCACUUCGUCCGAAAUACCUUGACAAGCAAAGAGGUACUAACAGCAGACAGGUGGAGGGAUGUGACGAGCGAAACGAACUAAUGAAACGACCGGCCCGUUAAUUAAAGUGAACACAAUAAGGCGAGGGGGGAGUAAGAGAGAGCUCGUCGCCGAAGAAGAAAAAAAGAGCCACCAGCGGAAACAAUAAUAGGUGAACCAGUCCGUGGAGUGAAGUUUUUUAGCUUUAUUUUUACUGCGCCACGGGGAGAGUUGGGGGAGAGAAACACGGCGGUUGUCACGAUACCGGCGGGCCUGCAAAGCGCUGAGGAGGACUUUCGCUGCCUGAAGUGAAGUGAAACCCUGAGGCCAUCCAUCCAUCCACGCACCCAGCCAGCAGGAGCCCAGCGAGAGGCCGCCAUCUCCAGCCCGCCUCGGCCACCAUGCGCAUGAGGAGCCGGAGUGUCGCUGCCGCGCCUCCCUCCCUCGCGGUGACCGUCGGCGGUAACACUGGCGCCUCCCGCAGCCUCCUGAACCUCCCCGGCGAGCUCAAGGUUCACUACUCCGAGGUGGUGAACGUGGCCGAGAAGCUUACCCGUUUCUUCUCCCGCUCACACUCUUACAACGUUCAUAAGCACCACAAGACCCUCGCGCUGCCCAAGAAGCCGUCACACUCCUGGGUCACAGUACACAACCUGAAGCAGCUGGACGGAGGCAUCCUUGAUCCUGACGACCGACUCAACGACGUAGCUGAUGACCGGGAGCAGAUUAUUGCCCUUUACGAGGAGCAGCCGAGCCUGCACCAGGGUGGGGAUGGCACCUCAGCCUCCUCAGACUCUGAAAACCCCUCCCCUGACAUCUUUCAAGACGUGGAGCACAAAUUCUCCCCAUUCACCCGCAAUGAUAUAGAGAUCACUGGAGAGGAGUUGAGUGGAGCGCCUCCACCCCUACACGUGAGACGGGGGAGUGAACCAGCGCUCAACCGCCUGUCUCCCAUCCCCCCUGUGAAUGUACCUCCAGACCCCACUAAAAGAUGGUCUGCAGCACCCAUCAUUGAAGACCAGAACCCAGCACUCAGCAGCUCCACGCCCAUGAAGACAAUACAAGACGGCCACAGCUCCUAUGAGGACGACAGUGUCUUUGUGGACCCAGGGGAGCGAGGGGAAGGCUCAGGGGAAGAAAAGACGCCUUCAUCCUCCACCUCCUCCCACCACUCCUCUGCUGCCACUGCCUUCACUCGCUUCAAUCGAGACACCAACAGAUGUUCUGUGCAGGUAUUGUCGGAUAACCCCAUAAUGGCACGCUGGGCCGACGCAGCUGACAGUGCAUUGGCGUCGAGUGAGGGGCGACGAAGAGAGCCGUUGGGAGGGUCAGCAUCCUCUCCACUGCAUUUCAGAGACUCUUCCCAUGAAGACUCUAACACGAUACUUGUGGUGCUAAGCAAUGACCGAGGUCCUCUAGGGAUACAUGUUAUCCCCAGUACGGACGGGCGGGGUCGUGACCAGGGCCUGCUAGUGGAAGGAGUGGAGCCUGCCGGCAGGAUAGCCAGAGAUGGCAGGAUUCAGGUCCACGACAGAAUAAUUGAAAUUAAUGGAAGAUCUCUGAGCAACAUAACUUUUCAGAAUGCACAAGAGAUCUUCAAGGAUGCCAUGCAGAGCCCUGAGCUGAGGCUGCUGGUGGUGAAGGGCAGUGUGGGCAACCACCAGCGUCAGGGCUCCUGCACAGAGCUGGUUGAGGGAGAGGAAAGGACUGUGGGUGGAGCAAAGGUGGCGAGUGUGACUGCUACAAGGAAGGUCGGCGGUGCUUCCCUCUCAUCCCGGACGCAGGCGGUCAUCCUGCAGAGCAACACCCGCAAACUGGGCCGCCGGGUGACUGUGCACCUCACCAAGGGGCCACAUGGGCUGGGCUUCUCCAUCACCACCCGUGACAACCCAGCUGGUGGGGAGGCGCCCAUCUACAUCAAAAAUAUUUUGCCAAAGGGAGCUGCCAUUGAGGACGGCACCCUUCGUAUUGGUGACCGUCUCUUGGAGGUUAAUGGAGUCGCAGUCACUGGCAACAGCCAGUCAGAAGUGGCGGGGCUUUUACGCCAGAUACCAAUAGGUGGCACUGCAACACUCAUUGUGUCACGCCAGGACCAACGUGGCAGUGAAGGGGCGUCUAUCGAUUCCACAGCAGACGAGAAACCUUCCAGCCCUCUGCUCCCAAGACAGCUGCCUUUAGAGAAAUCUCCUGAGGACAGCCUUCAGUUCCCAUGGAAGCACAAAGAAAUUCUUGUGUUUGAAAUUCCUGUCCAUGAUUCUGAAAGAGCAGGACUAGGAGUGAGUGUAAAGGGAAAAACAACUUCUGGUCCAAAUGGUGCAGUGGACCUGGGAAUAUUUGUGAAAAAUGUGAUCCAUGGCGGUGCAGCCUCUAGGGAUGGACGGCUCCUGCAGAAUGACCAGCUGGUAAACAUCAAUGGCCUGUCCCUCCUCGGCAAGCCCAACAGCGAGGCCAUGAAGACCCUGCGCACCGCCAUGCACCAGGAGGUGGGUGCCCCUGAGAGCGCCAGGGUGCCUUUCCUGAUGGGCCCAACACCAGGAAUGAUCUCCCUCACUGUUGCCAGAAGAACGGAUCUCAGCAGGGAACGGUCAAGUCCCUCCUCAGCCAACAGGUCAGGUCGGGACUCUGCCAACAGCCUCUUGACCAACUCCUCAGGCACAGAGACUCUGGGGGGUACCAAGUCUGCCCCCACCACCCCUACCCCAGACCACUCAGGCACCACUGAUGCGUCGGAUGCCACCUUAGUGUUCCAUGUUAAUAAUAAGAGUGAUGAGCGGCUGCACCCCGAGAGAGAGUUCAUCAACGACACCUUUGAUGUGCGCAACCCUGUGAUCCAGCGGCUGACCAAUAACAACGGAGCGCUGCGCAACGAAAGCUACUACAAGGCCACACACGAGACAUGGAACACCUCUCAGCUACAGCAGUUAGUGAUGCGUGUGGACCGGGAGUCUCUGGCACCAGCCGUGGGAGGCAGCAACACCUUGGGCUCCCCGACUGUUAACCUGCCAUCCAGAGACACCCUCAUCAUCCAUGAUGACACUGGAACCCACCUCUCAGGACACAUGAGUGGGCACGGUGGUCCUGGCGCCUCUGCAGGAAGCCUCAGUGACCAUCCCAGCCAGUCUGAUGACGCCUACACCAGCCAAACUUCCUUGGAGGAGAAUGCGGCAGGGUUCUCCAGAGACCAGUUUGGCAGGCAGAGCAUGUCAGAGAAGCGGCAUGCCACGCUGGAUGCUAAGAACACGGACACAUACCAACGCAACAAGAAAGCAAGGGAAGAAAGGGAGAAACAGAAGCAGAUAAUGUUGGCACAGGAGAAGUUGGCAGCUACACAGGGACUUGGGGCCGCCGGAAUGGCAGGUGGCCCUGUGGAGGAGGUGAAUCCAGGUUUAAGGGAAGUGGGCAUUGAUGUGCCACCAACUGAGCCUCCCUCUGGAGCCCCUCACCCCUCACCCCUCGCCCCACCUGCUGGCAGGCCUGUCCCCAACACUUCAUGCUGGGGCAGGACAAACAAGGCCAAAGAUGAAAACAAACCUCCAAAAAAUAAAAAUAAGUCUGUGCAAGGCACAAAGCCUUCAACCAAACAGCAAUUUAUGCAAGGCCUGCGUGGGCCCGGGCUGCGGCGGGGCAGUGAGCCGGUGGGGGCUACUCUUCGAAGGGGCCAGUCUGGUGGGCACCCUCGAGGCACCUUCAGCCCCACAAGCCGCAGCCUUGAGAGGCAUUACAGUAAAGGGAACCAGCGGACAACUUUUGGACAGGAUCUUUCCAACAUGAUUUCCAACUGGGCUUCCCGUAACCAAGACUUGUUGGGUCGGGAGGCCUUGGUGGCAGCCGGGAAGAUGGUCCGAGCAUCGUCAGAUGAGUCACUUGCCUCUCAGACCCAGCGCACCACUCACGCUCAUCAACCCUCCUCCCCGCAUGAGCACGUAGCAUCACAGGAUGCUCUCAGGUCAAGACUUGACUUUGGUCCUGGCCUGGGUAUGAAGAAGUCUUCCAGCUUAGAGUCUCUACAGACCAUGGUGCAAGAGAUGACCAUGGAGGAGGAGGGCCACCGCAUGGGGUCAGGUCGGGUGCCAAGGGGCCGGGGGUGCAAUGAGAGCUUCCGUGCUGCUGUUGACCGAUCCUACGAUGUCCCUCUCAAUGGCCUCCGCAGCAAAAUGGAAACUUUGGCAGAGGAGGAGUCAGAGUCCAGUGGAUCUGGGUUUGGCCGAGGCAAUAGUCGGCAGUCAUCAGUCAACUCAGCAGUGGAAGACAAAAAUAAGAAGAUUGGGAAGAAGAAGGCUGGCUUGCUCAAGGGUCUUGGCUCCAUGUUCAGGUUUGGAAAGCACCGCAAGAGUGUGGACAACACAAACAGUGGACCCGGCAGAGGAGACAGGGAAGGGGAGAGGGAGGGCCGGGGUGAGAUGGACCGAGCAGAGGUGGAGCGACUGGCGGCGGUGCGGCGGCUGCAGCAGGAGGAACACGACCACAUGCAGGAGCAGUACAGGCGCCUCAUUGAGAACACUGCACGCUCAUCACAGCAGCAGCAGCAGAUGCGUGGGGAGGAUGGAGAGCCAUCGCGAUCAGAACGGAUGCACCAAUUAAGAGCAGAGCACCAGCGCCGCCAUGCCCAGCGGAACAGAACCUAUCCAACUGAUGACAUGGAGGAGCAUUACGAGAGUGCUAUCAGACAGAUGCUGGAUGAAAGAGGACACUUGGAGGCUGACAAGGCAAACAAUAACACACUUAAUCCUACUGACACCAAGCUGCAACGCUUGGAGCCAGUGCCCAACGAGCCUCGGCCAGAGGUGCGACAUGUUCGUUCUCACAGCUAUGACCUCUAUGGGGACGGUACAGGGAGCAGGCAAGGAGGGGAGGCUACAGCAGUAGGGGGCAGGCCAGGCAGCCGCACUGCCUAUGCUGACCCUCACACUUAUUCCCAUUAUGUAAACUAUGAGCAAAUCCAGCAGCAUUUACGCAAAAACAAGGAGCAGGAAAGGCUAAAGAAAUUAGCUAGUCAGCAGUAUCAAGAUUUUCGGGAUAAACAGACUAGGAGGCAGCAGGAUGGACCCCCCAGCAUACUGUUACACAAGCUGGAGGAGACAUUUAUUCACGAGUCUAUUCUUGCAAGUCGGGAGGCUCGGGAGUACCAGAGUCAACGUGGGCCAAGGGACUCAGCGAGGGAAAGCCACCACCGGCCUGUCAGCAAUUACUACGAGUAUGAGAGUGUGCAGGCCAUGAUCUCCCACGCCCAGGACAGCAGCAGCACCUCCCUCCCCAGGCGGCACCAGCCACCUCCUCCUCCUCCUGGAGCCAAGAAUAAUGAAGGCAUUGGAAGCCUGCACCCGGGAGUGUCCCAGCCCCACCACCUCACCAUGUACAAGCCGGGCCCCAGCACCUCUAUCCACACCAAUCAGUCUGGGCGGAGCAGUGGCAUGCCAGGAGCCAGUCAUGGCCAGCCCAGCUCUUAUCAAAGUCAAGGGGAGAAGGAGUCCCAUCGUGUUGAUGGGGUGUACUCGUCAGGCUACCGACCAGCCAGCCACUACACGGGGCCUCACCACAAGCCUCCUCCUCCCCCUCCUCACCACAGCACCAAAAUAACAGUGCCUGGUUCCAAAGUAUGAUAGUGACUACAAAGUGUAUAGUUGCUGUAAAAUAUGUAUAGCAUAAUAGUUUUAAUCUGAACAAAGGAACACAUUAACUAAUUUAUUGAAAAAUCAAAAUAUUGACUGUGUAUAUGAUGUGUUUGCUGGUGUGUGAGAUCACCCUGAUCGGGAAGACAAUGAGUGACUGUGUAAAUAAAGGUGGAGUGAGUGAGUUUGGUCUGGCUGUGGCUGUGUGAUGUACAAAUGAAGUGUUGUCCCUAUCACAGCCAGCCCAGUGGCACGGAAACGCAACAUUCCACAAUUCUCAUUACUUUUAUGGCUGUACAUUUAAGAUUAGAACCACUUCCUUCUUGCCUUUUUAACACACACACACACACACACACACACACACACACACACACACACACACACACACCAAGCCAGAGCGAAGAGUACCCUGUCUUCAUAGGUUGUGGCAGCUGCUGAGUUUGUGUAUUUUCAUUAAAUCAAAGAUGGCUGUGCAGGGUGUCUGAGAGGUCAGUCACCACCUCGGACUGCCUCAGCGAUGGGUACGGCUUGGUCUUGAAUCCCUCAAGUGCUCCUGAAAUGGUGCCUUAUGUUCAGUGAUGUGGAUGAAAUCACCACUUGCCAUCCAUACUAUUGCCUUGUGAGCUAUAUAGGUUGUUUCAUCAACAAAGUUUUUAAUUAUUGUGAUGUUGCUGUCUUUGUAGCAUGUCUUUUAAUAUACAUAUAUAGAUUUAUAUAGAAUCCAUAUUUUCAACAUGGUAUAUUAAUGUAGUGAAAUCUAAAAAGGAUACAUUUUAUACUGAAUUUUAUGAUAAACUUUAUUGCUUUAGCUUUUAAUGAAUAAUUUCUUACCUAGCAAUUUUUGCAAGUAUAAAAUGGACCAAUACUUGAAUGUGCCAAAGUGACUGGUGGUACAUGUCUCUGUGUUGGCAGUGUCCUCUGUACAGUAUUUUGUAAAGGACAAUUGUAUAAAUUAUUUGUAAUAUGACUGCUUUUAAAGAUUUUUUAUACGGUGUUGAGGAAGCCAGGGGGAGCAACUUCAGUUCCUUGCUGUUGUCGUCUGCAAGAUGCUGGAGUGUCUCCUUGCUUCCUGAGGAGAAUAAAGGAAAUAUGUGAAACAAUUUA